CUCCGGCUCCUUCGGCUCGGUGCGACAGACGGUGCGUCGCGGUGCGGACAGACGGCUGUGUGCUGAGAUCUGUCUGUCUGUCGUCCUUUGACGUCCACUUUGCCUUAAUAUCAGCUGAGGUCGGCGACACAGACGCACACACGUGGCGAGUCAGUCAGGUCAGUCAGGUGAGUGAGGGACGCCUCGAGCAUCGCCACAAUGUGAGACGGCCGCUCUGCUAUGUGUGCUGUGCUGCAGAUGUCUGUUUGUCUGUCUGUCUGUCUGUCUGUCUGCAGGUGUGGUUGUCUGGCUGAGUGGCCGACUGCCUCGCUUGGAGGGGUCUCUCGCCGCUUGGAGAUGGGUUCGUGUUAUACCACACUACGCGGGUAUAUACGGCGCUGGUGGCGCAACCGUUGCGUGAAAAGGAGCACGCUGGUCGCUCUCCGGCUAAGGGUGUUCCGCGGUAUCUGCGCCGUGUAUGGAACGGUCCCAGAAUGGGCGUUCAGCAUCCCAGACCUCCCUUACGUACGUAACACGAAGAGGGAGUGAGAGAGAGAGCGACACAUACGUACCUACCGCUGAUUGUGGCCGGUUGGCCAUCCUUGGCGCUGUGUCUGUGUCUGUCUGUGUCUGUAGGGGUGUGUGUGUGUGCAGGUGCAGCUAUGCGCGGUGGCGAAGCACCUCGGAGAGAACGGGGACCUGGCGGACGACCAAGCCAAAGAGGCGUUCAGUGCUGCGGUAAGCUUAUGUCAACCCCGACAGACAGGGCAAACAGGCCGACAGGAGAAUGUGUAUUUAUGUCGUAUGUGUGUUGUGUGUGCGCAGGUGGUCCGCAUGUCGUGCCAAGUUCGGUUCAUGCGUGUGUGGUGGGCCAGCGCCAUUCGGGGAGAAGCAUUCGGCCAGUACGCAGCCGCACUCGCCCGCCCCAUGCGCAAGUGUCAAUGCUGGCGCUUACUUGUGUCUGUGUGUGUGUGUGCUUAUGCAUUCAUCUCAUCCAUCCAAACAGGGAAAUGGAGAAGAAGACGCUGCCGAAACCGCCCCACUACCCCUACAUCCUCAAUCGCCCCCCAUCGGAGGCCAUUGUAAUAUGUAGAGGGAAUGGCCAGGCCAGCACACCUGCCGGCGAUACACUGGCGUCACCAGGCCAGGUCGAGGACGCGUCAGUUGGAAUGGGUCUUCACGAAAAACAAGUGACGCGUUAGUUAGCUCAUUUCUACUGGGUGCAUUUCUACUGGAUGGAAUCGAGCGACUGCCACGUUGUGGUUGUGAGCGGCUGGCGAUCGAACGAGACCGUCGCUGCCCAUCUGUGUGUGGGUGGAAUGGGGCGACAUCAGUAUGCACACCACUGAGCGACCUGCUGCUGUUGCGCGUGCAUCGCUUACCCAGCGCUAUCCUCUGUCGAUGCCCUUCUGGAGGGGCGUGCUGCGAUGGUUGAAGGUGGAGAGUGACGUUAUCAACAGGGGGAUCGUGCUGUGAGGGAUGUCGAUGGGGUGCUGGUCUGUUUAGUGGGUGGUGAGGGUCUGUCUGUCUGCCUGACGAGCAGUGGUGGAAGGAAACUGAGUGAUUUGAAAUAGGUGGCGUGCUCUGAUUGCAUUGUCUGUCGUGGACGGAUAAGAAUUGUUCUACUGGUUUCUGUCAGGCUGAGUUGACUGCAUGGCUUUAUUUAUAUGACUGACUGAAUGAGCCACACAACCGAUGAGCGAAAUGUCGAGUGUUCGGAUGGUAGCUUUGGCCUGUACGGCCGGCUUGACGCGCACACUGAUGACUAUGAUGCACAUAAGGCGAUUCAGUCACAGGAUGUCAGCACACACGUACAGAGAGAGGCACGUAUAGAGAGAGGGUCUAUCACGUCAUUGGUCUCUCUCUCUGUCUCUCUCUCUCUCUGGUUUGUGUGGCGGGGUUAUUGGGUGGGUGCGAAGAAAUGAGUGUUCUGCUGAUGAAGCCAUCGUUAGAGGUGUGUGGGUGUGGAUGUGUCGAUGUGUGUAUGCGAGUGAGUCUGACUGAAAUAUGGACCCAUCAGCCAGCAGAACCACUCACUGUCCUUCAUUUCGCCCAUCAAGUGACACGGGGCUUAUUCAUACUCGUGUUCCAUUAA